ACAAAAGAGGAAAGUGGCAGUCAGCUCUCCACACUCUCCCAAACCACCCAUUCACAUCUUUCACCGACUGCACGAUCUUCAAACUGCUGAACAAAACGCAGGCAGAGACAGUCACCCAGGCCGCCCCAUCAGAGCAGAGCAUCUGCAGGACGCGCCUCGCUCACACCAAUCAUGACAAUGGGAAGGAAACGGACAAAAGCAAAGUUAGGUUGUCAGACAGGCGGAUUGGGCAAUAACAAACCUCCCACUAAAUCUACGGCGAGUCACGAGAGUUCCAACUUUAUCAGUGUGACGGGGGACUUCCAGAACACGAGGAAGAAGCGCGCCGCCCGCCCGCCGUGCACACGGUAACCGACGCUAGCCGCGAAAACACCCCGAACGCGCUGCUGCGCCGAGGACUGCGGGAUUAUUUUUGCAGUCGCGUGCUUUACUAUGAAACGCGGUGUCCUCCUCAAGCAGAUAGAGGAAGCCAGUCAGCUAGCGAGCUGGCUAACUGAACUAUCCAAAGGGGAAGUGGCAGCAACCAUCGUUUAAGAGUUUCGCUAGCGUAGCUUCCGCCCAACACACCCACUUUCAGUCUGCUUGUUGUUCGCGUUGGUUUCAAAUAACCGGGACUUUAACCAACUUCGGCUUUCCACAUAAAGCAUGCGUGUGCUGAACGGAGCGUUUCGCUGUUGUUAGCCAGCUAGCGAGGCAAAUGGUCUCUCUGGCUCUCGCAAAGGCUCGCUAGCCAGCCGAGACUGGAGUCGGCCUGGAAACACAGCGGUCGUGCUCGUGUUGUUGUCACUCAUUAACGACAAAACGCUUUACUUCUAUGCUGUUGCUUCGCCUGGCUUUUGGGGGAAAUAAGGAAGCAUUCAGCGACGCCUUUCUGCGUCCCUCGAGCGCUGAAGUGCCUGGCGCAUCUUGGGAGAGCAGAUCUCUCAGCAUGCUGGACAAAAGAGCUGAGAUCAUGAGCAGACUGGAGUUUUAAUCGUCUUUGGCUCGUUUGGAACUGUCCGUUUUGGGGAAGGCGGGAAAAUUAGAGGCAAGAAUGAAGAAGUUUUCGCGAAUGCCGAAGUCUGAGAGCGGAAGUCUCGGGGGUGGGUCUGGAUCUGGUACUGGAAGCAGCAACUACAUUGGGAAGGUGUUUGCUGUCGGUCGAUACCAAGUGACUGUGGAGGAGCUUAUCGCUGAAGGAGGUUUUUCCAUGGUGUUUCUGGCCCGCACACAUAGUGGAGUAAGAUGUGCCCUGAAAAGGAUGUACGUGAACAAUGUCCACGAUCUGAACAUCUUCAGACGGGAGAUCACUAUCAUGAAAGAGUUGUCGGGCCACAAGAACAUUGUGCGGUAUCUGGACUCUACAACUAACGCAGUGGGAGACAGUGUAUGGGAGGUUCUGAUACUGAUGGAGUAUUGCAAGGCUGGUCAGGUGGUGAAGCAGAUGAACCAGCGGCUGCACAUUGGAUUCACUGAAGCAGAGGUGCUCAACAUAUUCUGUGAUGCCUGUGAAGCUGUUGCCAGACUCCACCAGUGUAAAACUCCAAUUAUCCACAGGGACCUGAAGGUAGAAAACAUCCUCCUAAAUGACCAGGGAAACUAUGUUUUGUGUGACUUUGGAAGUGCCACACACAAAGUUCUGCUUCCACAUAAAGAUGGAAUUACCGCUGUGGAGGAUGAGAUCAAGAAGUACACGACUCUGUCAUACCGUGCCCCAGAGAUGAUUAACUUGUACCAAGGGAAAGCCAUCACCACAAAGGCUGAUAUCUGGGCGCUUGGAUGCUUGUUGUACAAGCUGUGUUUCUUCACACUUCCAUUUGGGGAGAGUCAGGUUGCCAUAUGUGAUGGAACCUUUGCUGUUCCGGACGGUUCCAAAUUCUCCUCAAAGUUGCACGGUUUAAUCAGAUACAUGUUGGAGCCUGAUCAAGAAAAGAGACCUGACAUCUAUCAGGUUUCUUACUUUGCCUUUCGGUUAGCUGGAAAGGAGUGUCCAGUGCCAAAUCUUUUUAAUUCUCCCCUUCCCACCUCAUUGCCAGAGCCCUUUACUGCUAGUGAUAUUGCUGCUAAGAAGAGCCUGACAAAAGCCCGAAUAACUGAUUCGGUUGGACCAACGGAAACGUCAAUUGCACCCAGACAAAGGCCUAAAGCUGCAAAUAGCAAUGUUCUGCCUUUGUCCAGCUCAGUAACUCCUGUGAAAAUGACUGUAACCACAGCUUCUGGAAAUGGGCAGCAGUCAGCAGCACAGAUGCCGAACAGCAGUCAACAGAACAGAGUAUUACAGCAGCUGCAGCCUGGAGACCUGCGACUGCAACAGCUACAUCAUCAACAGCAGCAGCAGCAGCAGCACCACAAUAUCCAACAUCAACAGCAAAUCGCCGCACAGCAGCUACAGUACAUGCAACAGUAUCAUCAGGCCAUGCAACAGAGUCUUCAGAUGCAGCAGCACCAGCAUAUGCUUCAGCAGCAGCAGCAACAGAUGAUGAUGCAGCAGCAGCCCAUAUAUCAAUCCCAGCAGCAGCAACAGCAGGCUCACUACACUGCCCUGAUGCAGCAGUACCAGCAGGCUUUUGUUCAGCAGCAGCAGUGUGCUCCAGUCCACCAGGUGCCCUAUAUCUCCCCUCUAGAGUUCCAGACCUCUGUGGGCUCCUAUAAUCCUGCCGGACCUUCUCCAGUAGAGACUCCCUUCACCAACAUCAGUUGCAGUAGAAAUCCAGUGUCUGCUGUGGAUGUCAUGAGCCCCCCUCCACAGACCGUCAGCAACCCUCCUGAUAUGUCAAGCUGGAACCCCUUUGGAGAAGAUAAUUUCUCUAAACUCACCGAAGAGGAGCUUCUCAAUCGAGAAUUCGACCUUCUAAGAGCAAAAAAGCCAGUGGAGCGAUCAGUCAGCAUGGAGGCCAGCAGCGUAGACAGACAGCAGCCGGUCCUGCAGCCCUCACUCCCCGAGGAUCCAUUUGGCUCUGUGCCCUUCCUGGCCAACGCAGGAGCCGGUGUGCUGACAGCAGAGAAUCCAGUGGAGAACCCCAGUGUUUCUGUUCAAGACACCACCCCGCCACUGGCCAAAGAGCGCAAACCUGCAAAGAAAAGCAGCUCCACUGGUUCCCUGCCUCAAAAAGCCCGCGAGGACUCAGACAGUGAUUUUGAGUCUGAUCCUCCCUCUCCCAAAAGCAGUGAAGAUGAGGAGGUGGAAGAAGAGGAAGCUCUCAACAGCGAACAUGAAGACACCGAGCCUGAAAACCUGGGACAGAGGCCUCUGCUCAUGGACUCUGAAGACGAGAUAGAAGAAGAGGAGGACAAACACAGCUCAGACUCCGACUGUGACUCUAGAAAAGCGAAACUCUCAGAGGUCCCGCCUGCUGUUGAAUCUGGAGCCAGCGUGAUCACUCCCCCCAUUUCACCAAGCGCCUCCAUGACUGCCAAAAACCUAGUGGAUGUGUUUGGUGCUGUUCCUUUUGUUGGCAGCGGUCAGGCACCGGAGAGCUCUGAUAUUUUUGCCAAAGCCCCUUUCAGGCAGGCUAGCCAGGAGAACGCCUUAGAAGAGACUGACGUUUUCACCAAAGCUCCUUUCAGUAGAAACCUCUCCAGAUCCAGCAGGAGCGGCGAUGGACCCGGCGGCCAGACACCACCCAUUUCCCCCGACAGCGUGGAUGUAUUCGGAUUCUCACCUUUCCACAUCAUACCCACCUCCGGGACCCAGGAGGACGUUUUUGACCAAGCCUCUUUGGACGAAUCAGCGAGUCCUCAGCAGCAGAGGCAGAAGCAGCGCAGCCUUCAGAAACUCUCCUCACGGCAAAGGCGCACCAAACAGGAGGCCAGUAGCACCAACGGAAAGCGACACCACGGGACGCCAACCGGUGGCAGAAAGACCAACAAGCCUAGCUUCCGCACUCCUGAGCGGGUACGAAGGCACAAGAAAGUCGGCAGACGGGACUCUCAGAGCAGCAAUGAGUUCCUCAGCACAUCCGACUCCAAAGAGAACAUCAGUAUUUCCCUGGGCGAGGUGAUGGAGAAAGCAGUUGCUCUGCCCUCGGAGGAGGUUUCGCUGGAUCCUUUUGGAGCCAAGCCUUUCCAUCCGCAAGAUGGUAGUCGACACCAGAGCUUGGGAGAUGGAAAAAGUGAGAUCAACUCGAAUAACGGCAGGCCGAGGACCAGCUCGCUGCACAGUGUGUUUGAUGGAAACAAGAUGGAUGACUUUGGAGCUGUGCCUUUCACAGAACUGGUGGUCCAAAGCGGAGCUCCGCAAACCCCUCAGAUAGAUCUUGACCCAUUCGGAGCCGCACCUUUCCCCUCAAAGCAGUGAAUGUCUCGUCUUCCAACACACAAGAGACUGAACACAAACACACACCUACACAUGCAUUGCUACAUUAUGCAAAGUCCGAGCAGCCUUUGGAGAAGUCUUUAGUGGACGACAGUGAUGUGAUCUCUGUCUGUGCUGCCCAUUGGGAUGUAGGCCUUUCAAUUAGAUGUUCAACUUUUGUAGGUUUUUUUUUAAUUUUUUUUUUUUUUUAAGUAUUUUAAUAUCUAACUGGACAGCAGUAACAGUUUUUGUUUUCAUUUGGUGACUUAAACCUGUGGUUUAUGAGUGCUUUUGAAUAAGCAUUUUCUUUAGCCUUUUACUUGCUAGAAACCUUCUAUGCUGCAAUUUAGUAAGCGCUCUGUGCUCGUUAAAAAACACAGUGGAGAUGCGUUUAUAAUCCUUCAUUUUAAUAGGAUUAAAAGCAAAAAUACCAAUGUAGUUGAGCAUUUUAUACUUCAUCGUUGACCACUGAGUUGGUAAAACUCGCCGACCAACAUGAUGAAACACCGUGAAGCCUUAUCUGGGUUUUCCUCACCCUGCGUAACUGUACCUCAAACACACAAUGGCUGUAGAAGCGCAUGUGUCAGCGGAGUCAUCCGAAAGUAGGCCUUUCGUCAUUCACAUAGAUGGUUUUAUUCACAUUUUUACACUUUUAUUCAUUGUUUUAAAUCCUGGCGUUUUGUUUUUGACUAUGUCCUUACGUCAUACAUGAAAAGGGAGUUUUGGAAAAUUGACCACACUAGAGAAUUUAAACGCAAGUCAGUCGAUAUUUGUAAUUGCCCACGCUGAAUGAAACAUCUGUUGUUAUCAAUAGAUGUUUCACAAGAUCUGUAUGUACAUUAGGCAUGAAUAUUUAGAGCUCUUUUAAGAAAGGGAAGUAAAUAAAGCUUUAAGAAAAAUUAAGUUUGCAUAUUUAUAUAACGUCCAUUUUUAAAACUAGUUUUAAAGUAAGCACAAAGGGCCAUCUAGGGAUUCAUUUAUAUCACUGAAUAUUUGCAGUUGGAACAUUUAAGACCAAAAAUGCUUUAUAUCCCCCCCCACUCCUUUCAAACAUUGCAAUGUUUUUUAUUAUUAUUAUGUAAUACUACACUCUAACAAUGCAAUAAAAUCAUUUUUGUGAGAAAA